AUGCACGCCGUUAGCACGUGCGACCCGGAGAACAUGCAAGCCGUCAUGGCGGGGAAGGAUUGGGGCGUGGGUUUCAGAUUAGAUGGCAUGGGGGAGUUGCUGGGACGCGGCAUUAUCACGACGGAUGGGGAGGAGUGGUUUCGCGCGAGGAAGAUGCUUCGACCUGGGUUUAACAGGAACAACGUCGAUGACUUUGCUCACCUGGACAACGUUAUUCAAGGGCUGUUGCGGAAGAUCCCCGGGGACGGGGAGACAGUGGAUAUGGGCCCGCUGUUUUACGACACUUUCCUGGACACGUCUCUGAAGUUCAUCCUGGGGAUUGACGCGCGGGACCAGAACGACGGGCGCCCCGUUUCUACCGAGACGUUCAACCAGCUCUGGCUCGACGGCCUGGUAGGCAUGGGCCUCCGCCUGCUCCUCGGCAGCAUGCGUUUCCUGGCGCCUAAAGCGCACUACGCCAAAGCCUGCGCUACAGUGCAUUCCUUCGUCGACUUCGCUAUCGACAAGGCGGAGGAGCGCUUGCUGGCGAACGCGGUCGGCAAGACGAAGAGCGCGGCGGACAUCCUCCUCAGCCAGACCAGCGACAGGAAGUACGCUCAGGCGCAGUUGCUGCAGGGUAUCCUGGGGAACCAGGACACGACGAGCGUGCUGUGCAGUAAUGUCGUGCAGUUGCUGGCCGAGCAUCCGGAGAUCUGGGCAAGGCUGAGGAAAGAGGUCAAGGAGAGCGACCGGGAGCUGCUCACUUAUGAUGGACUGAGGGAGAAUAGACUCAUCCAGAACAUCCUCUUGGAGUCUCUCCGCCUCCGCCCCGUCUUCCCCGUCGUCGCCCGCCGCGCCCUCCGCCCAACCGUCCUCCCCACCGGCGGCGGCCCCAACGGAGACCAACCGCUCCCCGUCCCCGCCGGCACCACCGGCAUGGUGAAUUUCUACUCCUUGAACCUCGACACUGCCGUCUUUGGCGCCGAUGCGCGGUCCUUCAACCCCGACCGCUGGCUCAACGUCAAGCCGAGCGGCAAGGAGUUUAUGCCGUUUGGCACGGGGCCGAGGAGCUGUCUGGGGAAGGACAAGGCGCUGGCUGAGGCGGGGUAUUUGCUGGUUAGGUUGGUGGAGAGGUUUGAGAGGGUGGAGGGGAGGAGUGGGAAGGGGGCUGGAUGGAGGCCCGAGGUGAGGAUUAGUAUGAAGAAUAAGGCGGGGUAUAAGGUUGCUUUUUGGAGGGCGGAGGAGGCGUAG